AUGGGACAGAAGUCUAAUUUGUCGCUAGCGAUACAGAAGGCGGAAGAAGAGCAAAUCCCGCUUGGAUUAGGCGGCCACCAUCAAUCAAAGGCUCCUCGAGGACUGUUUGGUCUGACCACUCUGUCUGCUAGCAUUCUGCUGAGAGUCCUGCCAGUUCCGUAUAGCUCAUCCAGCUACUCAGAAAAUGUUCCACCACAUUUAAUUGCACCCAACUUGAUCCAUCAAGGGGUUCCCACCACUGCCACCACGGCAUCGUCUGUAGGACGAGCAGUUAAACCAGAACUCCCUAACAUAAGCACCUCCUUGGGGAAAAUCAGACCUAAAGAUGAUCUGUUUGGAAGCUAUGACAGUAAACCUACGAAUACGAAUAACACCAGUACUAAGAAUCAUAAUAAUAAUAAUAACAAUACUAAUAAAAACAAUAAUACUAAUAAGAAUAAUAAUAUUGGCAAUAUCGGAGCCGAAUCUUCACAAGCCACCUCUCAUGACGACCAAGAUGGUUAUUCUUCGGACUCCUCUUCAGAGACUUCACUUCAUCCAGAAAAUGAAGAGGAUCUUAAGGACUAUGUUCCUGGGGGAUAUCACCCUUGUUAUAUUGGAGAAUCAUAUAAAAAUGGGAAAUAUACGCUUGUACGUAAACUUGGGUGGGGUCAUUUCUCCACUGUAUGGUUAGCAAGAGACAACGAUAAACAUUGCCAUGUGGCCAUGAAAAUUGUAAGAUCUGCCAAGUCGUACACAGAGACUGCUAUUGAUGAAAUUAAGCUCUUGGACAAAGUCACUACUUCAGACAUUCACCAUCCAGGGCAUGAACAUGUGAUUCAACUCUUAGACACAUUCACACAUAGAGGACCCAAUGGGGUUCAUGUGGUCAUGGUGUUUGAAGUAUUGGGUGAAAAUUUACUCGGUCUCAUCAGAAGAUAUAAACAUCGUGGGAUCCCCGUCAUUUUUGUCAAACAAAUUGCCAAGCAAUUACUCUCAGCAUUGGACUUCUUACAUAGAAAGUGUGGGGUCAUUCACACUGACUUGAAGCCUGAAAAUGUUUUGAUUGAGAUUGGUGAUGUUGAACAAAUUGUGAAGAUGGUUGAGGAAGAAGAGUAUAGAGCAAAAUUAGAGAAGAAAAAGAGGCGGAAGGGUGUCACGCUGCCUAGUACUCCUGUAGUUGAGUCUACAAUCUUGUCCACGGAAUCUGGUGUAAAUUCAGCUAUUUCUGGUGGGGCUGCUGCUACAACUUCUACUACAUUGGGUGCUCCAACCCCUGCAAUUACCGCCACACUCCCACCAGCAGGUAUUUCUCCAUCUAUUGGACGCAAUGGGCGUCGGUCAAGGCGACAAACCCUCAUCACUGGAUCUCAACCACUUCCAUCUCCGCUUCGAACGUUCAACAAGUCUUUUACUUCCGUACAUGGCUUGGCAAACUCGACUGCAAACACCCCUAUGCGUCAUAAUUUUAUAUCAUCAGCCAACACAUCUACUACUAAUAUGAGUGGAGUUGCUGCAGUUGCAGCAUCCACUGCAUCAUCGGGGCCAAAUGCUGGUCCUCAAAUUGUCUCUGGGGCUCCACCGACUACUAAAACACUCAACUCCUCGCUUCUGUCUAUGUCAAUUUCAAAUGGUGACGAAUAUGGGCCAGAAUCGGCAUCCACUAUGGAUAAUAGCCUUGGCCACGGGCUUGGCCACCUCAACAAUUCAAACGAAAAUCUCCCAAUCAACGAAGACGAGUUGAUUUCUGUGAAAAUCGCAGAUCUCGGGAAUGCGUGCUGGACCACACAUCAUUUUACUGACGAGAUUCAGACCAGACAGUAUCGUUCCCCUGAGGUGCUUUUAGGGUACCACUGGGGCUGUCUGGCCGACCUCUGGUCAUUUGCAUGCCUUAUGUUCGAGCUUUUAACUGGGGACUAUUUGUACGAUCCCCGUGAUGGAAAUACAUACUCGAAGGAUGACGAUCACAUUGCUCAAAUCAUUGAGCUUAUAGGUCCUUUCCCAAGGGCGGUUUUAAAGGAAAGUUACUACACGAGAGACUUUUUUAACCUGAGAGGCGAACUUCAACGGAUCCUGAAACUUAAACCUUGGGCGUUUAAGGAUGUUUUGGUUGAAAAAUAUAAAUUUUCAGUUAGUGAUGCAAUGGAUAUUUCUGACUUUUUACUUCCUAUGCUUCAGUUACAACCAGAACAGCGGGCAGAUGCAGGGGGUAUGGUGAAUCAUCCUUGGCUCCUGGAUGCUUUGGGUUUGGAGAAUGUUGUACUUGAACGACCAGUUGGUGGAUCCGGAGAAGACAUUCCUGGUUGGUCACGAGAAUUACUGAAGGAUUCAAAUCUGAACCAAAAUUCAAAGUAUUUUUAUAACCAUCAUUAG